UCAAUACCAAUUCAAGAAACAAAGAAAUUAAUAACGCAUUUUCGUAAUAUUUCUACUCGUUGUUCAUACCAAAAAUGUCCAUGCAAUUUGAGCUGAGUGAACCGAUUGCAGUUUACAGAGUCUCCUACAAGCUGUACUUGUCCGAUAUCAAGGCCUUGAUGCCACGUGCCGCCCUAAAGGCCACCGAGCUGAAUGUGCGCGGCUAUAUGACGUCUACCCAAUGCGGAUAUGCGGUUAGCGGCGAACUGGAGGGCACACAGGACAAGCUGCAGCAGAUGAUGACCUGGCUGCAGCAGGAGUCACCGAAGGGUAGCGAAAUCCCCAAGUUUGGGCAGUAUCAGCUCCAAUUGAAGCCUGGCUACGACGAUUUCUUCUGCUGUUAACAGACCCGAAAAACAAGCCCAAAUAAAAAUGUUGCAAGUGCCACAAAA